UGACUGCAGACGAUAUCUGACCAUAGAUAAGGAUACACAGUUUAGACGUACGUGAAGUGGAAGGGAUUGGCAUUACGGGUGAUAUCUGUCAUCUUAACCAACACAAAAAUGCUCCUGUCGCUUUGUUUGUUGCUGCUAUCAGCAGUAACCCUAGUUACCGGAAAGCACCAUUGUGAUAGUCAUUGCACCGACCACUGCUGUCCUUGGCAUCAUCACAACGUUCAUGAUUGCUCAAUCUGUGUGUCCCAUUGUUGCACGACGCCGGCUCCAGUGCAUUCGACCGCCGGUCCGAUUGUAUAUUCGGAAUGGUCGACGUGUGACGUAAAUUGUGGUGGUGGAAACCAAUACCGACACUGUAUAUCAAACUGUCCCCAGCAACACAUGCCAGAGGAUGUUCAACAAUGCAACACACAACCAUGCAACACCACAAAUGUGAAUGGAGGAUGGGGUACCUGGUCUAGCUGGUCCCCAUGUUCUGUUAGCUGUGGAUCCGGUCAUCGGAACCGUACACGUGUCUGCGACAAUCCUACUCCACAACAUGGGGGGCAUUACUGUCAUGGACACAAUGCGGCAUUCGAACAUUGUACCGGAGACCAGUGUACAGUGAAUGGCGGUUGGGGUGCGUGGUCGACUUGGUCGGUGUGUUCGUCACAUUGUGGUCCAGGGCAUCGAAGACGGACCCGAGUCUGCAACAACCCUAUUCCACAACAUGGAGGGCACAGAUGUCAUGGCAUCAAUUCAGAGACAGAAGCGUGCACCAGCGGUCAUUGUCCAAUACAAGGAGGAUGGGGUGCGUGGUCGAUCUGGUCUUUAUGUUCGGUUAGUUGUGGUACAGGACACCGGAAUCGAACGCGUGUCUGUGAUAAUCCUUCACCAGGAUAUGGUGGUCAUGGUUGUCAUGGCCACCACUGGGACAAAGAAACCUGUAUUAUUAGCAAUUGCACAAUACAAGGAGGAUGGAGUGCGUGGUCGAACUGGUCUUCAUGUUCGGUUAGUUGUGGUACAGGACACCGGACCCGAACACGUGUCUGUGAUAAUCCUACACCACAACAUGGAGGUCAUAGUUGCCAUGGCCAUAACUGGGACACAGAAGCUUGUACUAGUAGCAAUUGCACAAUACAAGGAGGAUGGGGUGUGUGGUCGAACUGGUCUUCAUGUUCGGUUAGUUGUGGAACAGGACACCGGACCCGAACACGUGUCUGUGAUAAUCCUACACCACAGUAUGGGGGUCAUAAUUGUAGCGGCCUCACUUGGGAUAGGGCCGUUUGUACCAGUAACAGCAGUCAGUGUCCACCAAUUGCAAGACCAACAAUUCAUCCCUGCGACAAACUAUCUGUUUUGCACGCGCUUGCAGAAAUCGACACCACUUCAAAGGUCACGUGCCUAGAUAAUUGGACGACGGAGACAGAGGGUUUCCUAAUGCAGCACUGUAACGCUCCGAAUGAUAUACAGCUAUGGCAUGAAGGAAUCGAGGUUCUGCACAGCUGUCUGAACAUGGACAGCCAUUUAUACAUGCCCGUUGGGACAUUUACUGGAGGACACACCUACGGAAGCGAUAAUUUUCCGGCAUUCGCUGGGAUAUUCGUUGGAUGCAACGCCCAACACACCGGGUUCAAGAUUGCGACAAAGAUAUGUGGGGGAGUUGCUGAAAUUAUCGAAAUACCGUUACCGUUAUCCUUCAACCAUACGUCUACCGGCAUUAUACCAAUCGAUCCGUCCAAGUACCACUUUAUCAAAUGGGUGUAGACGAAAUCAUAUCAGGUUUGAUGCCAUUCAGACUCGAUUGCAAUAAAUUAUUGAGAAAUA